AUGACUCGCCUGGAAAUCACGACGUGGGAAUACUCCAAGAACAACCUCAACGGCGUCCGCAACAUCCACGUGCUGUUUUGGAUGGACUUGCAUCAGACGAUCUUGGGGCAAAAGCGGCUCAAGCGUGGCAAAGCCGACAUGGCCUACGCGCGCCCAGUUCCCUCCAUGAAGUGCUGGACGUGA